AUGAAGCCCACAGUUAACGAACAAAGUCGAGACAAGCCUCUCCCAACAUCGAGGCUACGAUACUUCUUCCCCAUCAUACGACUUAUCGGGGUGUUCUUUGCAUCGCUCUACGCACUCUAUACCUACGUCUUCCCGAAGCCUCUGCUUGCCCGUCCUCUCCCACAGCACACCGGGCCGUAUGCGGUAGGGGCUAUUGAUAUCGAGGCCCCGGUUUCACCGCCACGAACCAUCCACGAGGCUCGACUCAAGGCAAGCGGAGAAAACGUGUUUGAGCUGGAGACAGUCCUGUUCACGCUCUACUAUCCAGCAUCCCCUCCAUCACCCGAUGCAAAGCGUCACACAUGGGUACCUGAGCCGGUGUCACUGCGGGCUCAGGGGUACGCAAAGGCGGCACAUCUCAGCAACUGGUUCACCAAUACGCUGUUCACAAAGGUCAUCAAUGCCAUUGUGGGCGAUAUCACCAUCCCAGCCGCUGUGGACGUCCCACUUGCCACUCCAUUGCCACGGAGUCAACUAGCCGAGGGUGAUGAGCAGCAAGUCCCAACAAAAGAAAACACGCCGAACGACCAAGACCGCGGCUUCCCAGUCAUCAUCUUCUCCCACGGCACCGUGUCCGCCCGAACAGACUACUCCCACUUCGCAGGAGAACUCGCCGCUCGCGGCCACGUCGUGGUUAUGCUUGAACACCGCGACGGGUCCUCCCCCGGCACCAUCAUCCGCCCUCCAAACCGGCCCCCCCGCACCCGUCUCCUCUUCGACAUUUCCGAAGUCGAACUCCCCAACAGCCCCCACCCCCUCACCCUCGAAGAAUUCCACACCGCCCAACUCGCCUUCCGCGAAGCCGAAAUCUCCGAAGCCGUCCGCAUCCUCAACCUCAUCAACACCGGCCACGGCCCCGAACUCCUCUCCACCAACCCCUUCACCGAAGGCGCCACCCUAUCCGACUGGACCUCCCGCCUCAACACCAAUUCCAUGAUCAUCGCGGGCCACAGCUACGGCGCCACCACCGCCCUGCAAACCCUCCGCAACGGACCCAGCCCGGCCCUCCCCUUCCACGGCGCCUUCAUCCUCGACCCGGGCAAACAAUCCGGCCCACUCAACAGCGACGUCCACGUCCCCCUUCUAAUAAUCCACAGCAACACCUGGAGCCGCAAGGGCCGCAGUCUGUUCUACGGCCGUGCACACUUUGAUACCGUGAAAGAUAUCGUAACCGCCAACAAUGCCCGGGGUAACGCCAGCUGGUUCAUGACCUCGCUGGGUACCUCACACCCGUCAGUGACAGAUGCACCGUUGCUGGAACCGUGGCUGUUGAGUUUUACGACAGGCGCGACGAUUGAUGUGUAUCAGGGGUUGAGGCAGUAUGUGCAUGUGGCGGAGGACUUUUUCGGGUUUUUGGCCGGCGAGGGGAUGAGGGGGCUGUUGGUGGAGAAGGCGGAGUUUCCGGAGUUUGAUGAGGGGGCUGCGUUGGGGUUGGGGAAGCCAGGGCAGGGUGGGAAGAAGGGGGUGUGGGAGAGGGUGAAGAUGGCGGGGGAGGAUUGGAGGAGGUAUUGGCAGAUUCAUGUUUCGGUUGUGGGGAAUGCUGAGAAGGAGUGA